AGCGACUGAAGCAAGUGUCAGCAGGACAGGCGGAGGCAGAGGCAGAGGUGGCUGGCUGCGCUCUGAGGGAGCAAGUGGAGUGCUCAUCACAGCCUCUCUCUUGCACCAGUCAUGAAUCCUCAGUGUGCUCGCUGUGGCAAAAUUGUUUAUCCCACGGAAAAAGUGAACUGCCUGGACAAGUAUUGGCACAAAUCAUGUUUCCAUUGCGAGAUCUGCAGAAUGACCCUAAAUAUGAAAACGUACAAAGGAUACGAGAAGAAACCUUAUUGCAACGCGCAUUACCCAAAGCAGCAAUUCACCAUCGUUGCUGAUACACCAGAAAACCUCCGCCUGAAGCAACAGAGUGAAUUGCAGAGUCAGGCCAAGUAUAAAGAAGACUUUGAAAAGAACCGGGGAAGAGGAUUUAGUAUUGUGACUGACACUCCUGAACUGCAAAGAUUAAAAAGAACUCAAGAGCAAAUUAGUAAUAUUAAAUACCAUGAGGACUUUGAACGGACAAGAGGCAAGGGCUUCACUUCAGUAUCUGAUGACCUGGUAACAGAGCAAGCAAGAAAGAACACUCAGUUUGUGAGUGAUGCAAUGUACAAGGGAGUGCAUCCCCAUGUGGUGGAGAUGGAGAAAGGCAGAUCUAGCAUUAUGGGAGCUGCUGUGCUUCCUGGAGCUUACCAGCAAAUGCAUUCCCCUCAUUCUACUGGAUAUGGCUACAUGCAUCAGUCCAGCAUUGGUUCUGUGAGGCCGCAGCAAUCUCUUCCUCAUGCCGUUAAUAUGAGGACGUUCCGAGCGAUGUAUGAUUACACUGCGGCUGACGAGGAUGAGGUUUCCUUCAAGGAUGGUGACUACAUCAUCAAUGUACAAGCAAUUGAUGAAGGCUGGAUGUACGGCACUGUCCAGAGAACUGGAAAAACUGGAAUGCUUCCAGCAAACUAUGUUGAAUCCCUUCACUGAAUCCAGUUUCUCACCAUUCGUGCUUAAUCCUUUAUUUUUAUUACACUAAAUGGUAAUUAAAAUGUCAAGAGAGAGAAAUGAAUCUGUUAAGUAUAUUAAAAUCCUAUUUACUAUCUAAGUAGCUUUUCAUUAUUGUAUUACUGAUGUAUUCUUAGGACUUUCUAAGGGACUGUUCUUCCAAACUGACCAAUCUUAUUCAGUAGGAAGACAAUAUAAUAGACCAAGGUUUCCUGCAGUCAGUAAGGCUCUUAAUAAUGUUGACAUAUCAACAUUGAUUGUGCUAGUCUCUAACAGUGAAACUGAAACAUUGUCAGCUGUUGGAUUUGUGUUACAACUUAUGAUCAGCUCUGAUCAUUUACUGUAUCACAAGUGUGAUAGAAUCAAUUGCUGUGUGCAAUUUUGCUUAGUUUGCUUCUAAAGUAUUUGCAGAUUUCUGUUUUGCAGUGUUUUAAGUUCAAAAUACUUAACCUGGAGGUAAUGUGUGUUACAACUGGUUGUGGGUUAAUAUUGGAGAGAUUUAAUACUAACUAGUGCACAUUUGUAUUUUGCCUGUGAGAUGCACAAGAUUACUAAUGUCAGCUGUAUAACUUGAAGUAUUUCCUUAGUGGAACUCUGUCUUUCUUCCUAUGCACUGUGGAUAUUUCAAGCACUUUCUUAACACUGAGAUGAAUUGUCCCUGUACAGGUCGCUCUGUGAUGUUUUAUUCCAGAAAAAAUUAUUGCCUUUUUAACUUUGGAGUUAAUUGCAUUAUUAGAAACUUAGGUCCUAAUAUACAAGUGUCAUCUAGUUUGGUUCAGUUUGUUUUGUUUUGCUUUGCUUUGCUUGAUUUAAUUAUUGGUUAUGCAUGCUUUGUCUAAAAUGUUCAUUAGCCAAUAAAGACAGUUUACUGAAUUGGUUAUAAGGUAACUCUCAUUAACUUUUAUCUGGGUGAACGAACAGUUCUGUACGACUGGCACAACAAUGCAGUGAUUAGUGCCAUAAAGGGUUAAAUAAAGAAACUGAAGUAU